AGAGAAGAUUUUAUUUCUCAAGCUUUUUGUUUUUUCAAGGGAUAAGUAUUAAAUCAUCCCAAAUCCCAAUCAGCGGAAGGUAAAGGGUUAGAUGAGAGCGUGGAAGCCGGAAGCCCUUUUCUCUAUUCUAAGCUCGCAUUUUCAACUCUUUUCCAAACCCACCGCAAACCCGUAACCUUAACCUUUAACCCCUAUUUCGUUUGAUUUGGUCUCUCAACAACAGUAAAAGCCAUCAUCCCUUCUUUGGGUUUUUGACAAAAAUCCCAACAAAAACGCUGCCAUUGGCCACCAUCUCACACAGUGCCCGCGAAUUGCUGCUUCCAUCCCACCCAGAAGAGAAGAACCAAAAGAAGUAAGGAUAAAAUGUAUGGAAGCACGGAAUACAGUAAUGGCUACGUCCAAAAUCAACAGCAGCAGCAGCAGAGCUCGGGAGAGAAGCGAGGGGGAGGUCGAGGGAGGAGGGGAGGUCGUAGGUCCCGUGACGCUCAUGGCUUUAAGGUUUCUGAGCACCACCACCACAACAACGACCAGCAAGAACAGAAAUCACCUCCCCCUUGUACGGAUUUCGACAUGGCCUACUUUCACUCUUAUGCCCACGUCGGCAUCCACGAAGAAAUGAUCAAGGAUCGAGUUAGAACUGAAACUUACAGGGCUGCAAUCUUUCAACACCAGAGUUUUAUUGAAGGCAAAGUUGUAAUGGAUGUUGGAUGUGGCACAGGCAUUCUUUCAAUAUUUUGUGCUCAAGCUGGUGCAAAGCGGGUGUAUGCAGUGGAUGCAAGUGAUAUUGCAGUGCAGGCAAGUGAAGUUGUGAAAGCGAAUAACUUAGAUGAAAAGGUCAUCGUUUUGCAUGGUCGAGUUGAGGAUGUUGAAAUUGAGGAAGAGGUUGAUGUAAUAAUUUCAGAGUGGAUGGGCUACAUGCUUCUGUAUGAGAGUAUGCUGGGAAGUGUCAUUACUGCUAGAGAUCGGUGGUUAAAACGUGGAGGCCUUAUUCUUCCUUCCAAUGCAACGUUAUACAUGGCACCCAUCACACACCCUGACAGAUACAGGGACAGCAUUGAAUUUUGGCGCAAUGUCUAUGGAAUUGAUAUGUCUGCAAUGUUGCAGCUUGCAAAACAGUGUGCAUUUGAAGAGCCAUGUGUGGAGACAAUAACGGGGGAGAAUGUUUUGACAUGGCCGCAUGUGGUUAAGCAUGUGGACUGCUACACUAUCCAACUCCAUGAGCUAGAAUCUGUGUCUACAAGAUAUAAGUUCCAGUCUAUGAUGCGAGCUCCACUACAUGGAUUUGCAUUUUGGUUUGAUGUUGAAUUCAAUGGGCCAGCAAAUUCUCCUACAAAUAAUCAUACCCCAUCUUCACUUAUUGGCACAUCGAAUAAUAAUCCUAUGGAUGGCAUCCUGAAGAAGAAACGACCCAAUCCCAAUGAAGCACUUCUACUCUCAACAGCACCAGAGGAUCCUCCAACACAUUGGCAACAGACAUUGAUAUACUUUUAUGACCCGGUAGAGGUGGAACAAGAUCAAAUCAUUGAAGGCUCUCUAACACUAUCUCAAAGCAAAGAAAACCGUCGAUUUAUGAAUAUUCAUCUUGAGUACUCUUCAGGAGGCAGAUCCUAUGUAAAAGAGUCGGUAAUGCGAUGAUCCCUUUGAGGUACCACGAUUGUACGGCUCUACUUCUGUGCCUGUAGUUACCAUCAAGCUCUGUGUUUUUGGUGAGAUCCCUCACUUGACUUCACAGGCUGAGUGAUGUGACUAAUUUUUACCAUACAAAGGAUGCACAAAGAUGAGGAAGCUAUUUGUUUAACUUGGUACAAAAUUGAAAUAGGUGAAAAUUUGACAUCAGCUCUGCUAGUGGUGUAAGAUUGUUGUUUCAAAAACCAAUGAUGGUACUCUUUAUUUACCACCAUUUGUAACGGAAUCUAAACAUUUGGUCGUGCCUACCCUUCCUUAAUUUAUCAGCUGAUAAACUUCAUGGCCAUCUCCUCCAAUUUUUUAAUUCAAGUGGUUCGCUUUGCAUUC